UGACAGUAUACAAAGCACGGAACUGGAUCGCAGUGGUAAUCGCGGGUUUUGGAUAAAAAAUGAAUCACGUACAAAAAGUGAGAGUUUUGUACAAAACCAUUCUUCGUUUACAUCGUGGUUUGCCGGAGUCGCUGCAGGAACUUGGUAAUAACUACGUUAAAGACGAGUUCAAACGACAUAAAAAUUGUUCGCCAAUGGAAAGUCAGAAGUUUAUGAGCGAAUGGGCAGGAUAUGCGAUUAAUCUAGCACAACAAUUAGGCUUGCGGGGAAAGCCUGGACCGGUUGGAAUGAUAGGAGAAGAUUUGACAGAAAGCCAGCUAAACCACUUUCGCGAUGAACAGAUUGCACAGUUGUACGAACUUUUGCAAGAGGCGAAACGAUGAAAGAUGGCUUUGGAACGUGAGUCCCGCACCAAGCUGAUCGCUAGAUUUUGUUCUCAUAAAUUUUGUACUCAUACUGGAUUCCGUUCUCUUCCUGCACAUCAGUCGGAAUAUCUGCAUCAUUUUCCACAACCACGAACGUUUUAGGCAUUUCUGGGAAGAAUGCAUCACAAUCGAACCGCUGUUUGACUUCCGUCAGAUAGACCCGAUAGCAACGAUCAGACUCCAUGGCUUCCUUGUACACACUGUUGCCGCCAACCACCCAGAUGUUUUCAAUAUCCAUGCCGUAGCUUGUCGUGUCAAGCUUGUCCAAUGCCUCCUGAAGGCUGCCGCAAACAAGCACAUCCGGAGGAAAGGUAUACGCAGAGCUAUUGCGCGUUAAAACUAUGUUUAAACGAUCCGGCAAUGGUCGCUUGCUCUCAGGUACGCCAAAAUAUGUUUUUCUUCCCAUAAUUACUGCAUUUCGUUUGUUAGCAUCUUCCACCUUUUUUGUCGUUCGCGAAAAGUACUUCAGUUCUUGCCUGUAGGAGAAAAAAACAAACAAUCAGCAUAGUGCAUGCGGUGCCCAAAUGUAACCAACUGCUAGGUUUAGUUUACUUUAGUUUCCAUGGUAAAUCUCCCUUGAUUCCAAUACCGCGAUUCUCGCAAACUGCUACAAUACAGCUGAACUUUUUAGCCAUAGUAUUACGGCAGAGCUGGGAGUAAUUUACUUUCCAGAAAUGAAGAUCGCGUUUGCUGAAGGUCUCGUGCUUGCUUGUAAAUCAACAGGUUCUUUCGCCUUGACAGUUGGAAAUGAAGGGAAAUAGCGAAUGACAGUUGUGAUCGAGAACUUGUAUGUUUGUUUUAUUUAAAUUUGUACAGUCACAUACUUACACGUAGAACAGAGACUAGAAAUACCACAGUUGAGUCGAAUGAAUAAAUUACAAAAUUGCUUCGAAA